GCUAUGGUUCUUGGUUUUCAAUCUUAUUUUUUUUGUUAUUUUAUUUAUUAAAGCAAAAUAAUCAUAAUGGCAUCAAACGGAACAAUUGAAGGCAGCGUUGAGAGGCAUGGUGGCCUUGAGAAACUCGGUGCAAACAAUCCGUCUUUUGUCCUCCAAAAGAUUCAACAUGUGGUCUUUGAGAACAGACCAGUACCGACGAUUUCUCCAGAAUCGAGCGAUGUGAUCAUUCAAAUCAAGCAAACGGGUAUCUGUGGCAGUGAUGUUCAUUAUUACAAUCACGGGUCUAUUGGCAAGUUUAUCGUUAAAGCCCCUAUGGUGCUCGGCCACGAGUCUUCUGGUGUUGUCGUUGCUGCGGGAUCUGGCUGCCAAACCCUCUCGGUCGGCGAUGCCGUCGCACUGGAGCCCGGUGUACCAUGCCGCAAAUGCCCUCCUUGCAAGGAGGGAUUAUACAACGUAUGCAGCGAAAUGGCAUUCGCAGCCACACCUCCAUUUGACGGAACUCUCUGCAAGUAUUACACGCUCCCAGAGGACUACUGCUACAAGCUUCCAAAGCACGUGUCUUUUGAAGAAGGCGCGUUAGUCGAGCCGCUAGGUGUUGCGAUUCACAUUUCUCGCCAAGCCAAGAUUAUUCCAGGGAACAGCGUCGUGGUGUUCGGGGCUGGUCCUAUCGGACUUCUGUGCUGUGCUGUCGCGAGGACGUUUGGUGCGACUACUAUUGUCGCGGUUGAUAUUUUGCAAUCGCGGCUCGACUUGGCUAAGAAAACUUUCGGCGCAACUCAUACGGUUGUGGCUGGGGCCGCACCGAGCAAAGAGAACGCUGCGCGGAUAAUCAAGGAGGCCAACCUGGGAACCGGCGCCGACGUGGCUAUCGAUGCAAGUGGUGCUGAGCCUAGCAUUCAAACGGGCAUUCACGUGCUGCGAUCUGGUGGCACUUAUGUCCAAGGAGGAAAUGGGAAAUACGACAUCAACUUCCCUAUCGGCGCCAUUACCGAGAAGGAAUUGACGGUCAAGGGCAGCUUCCGGUAUGGAAGCGGUGAUUACAAGUUGGCGAUCUCUAUGCUGGAAAAUAGACAGGUUGACUUGAAGAGUCUCAUUACAGCACGGUAUAAGUUCGAGGAUGCGGAGCAGGCGUUUAAAGACGUGGAUUCUAGGAAGCCUGGAUUGAUAAAGGUUCUCAUCGGAGGCGUGCAAGAUGAAUAGACAUAGCGCUACUACACCUACAUGUUGAUAGAUAGUUCUCGGAUGAGCGGAG